AUGUUGAUUGUAGGGUUAACAGGUGGUAUUGCAGCCGGUAAGAGUACUGUAUCACGUCGACUUAAAGAAAAACAUAGGUUACCUAUAAUAGAUGCAGAUCAAAUUGCACGGGAGAUAGUAGAACCUAGUCAGUAUACUUAUAAGAAGAUAAUAUCUUAUUUCAAAGAUAAGAUUCCUGAUCUCUUGCUAUCUAAUGGAAGAUUGAACAGAUCUGCACUAGGUAAAUGGGUCUUUUCGCAUCCUGAUGAUUUACAAAAAUUGAAUGGGAUCACUCAUCCUACAAUAAGAUACACAAUAUUUCAGCAAGUUAUUGGAUAUUAUAUAAAGGGUUACAGUCUAUGUGUGUUAGAUGUACCAUUAUUAUUUGAGAGUGGAUUGGAUCAAUUCUGUGGUGUUACGAUUAGUGUGGUAUGUGAUGAAGAAUUGCAAUUAGAAAGAUUACAGAUAAGAAAUCCCGAAUUGUCCAUUGAUGACGCAAGGAAUAGAAUAAAAUCUCAAAUGUCUAUGGAUUUAAGGAAAGCGAAAUCAGAUUACAUAAUUUAUAAUGAUGAAACUUUAGAAAGUUUGAAUAGACAAGUCGAUUUAUUAGUGGAGAACAUUAAACCUGGUGUCAUUAGAACACUUUUGGAAUACUUUCCACCAUUUGGGUGCCUAAGCGCUAGCACAAUAUAUGUGUCGAAAAAAUUGUCAUCACGCUGGAGGCAACUCAAACAAGAUUAG